GGAGACAGGACAGGGAGAGGCAGCCCAGAUACGCGAGUUUGGAGUGUCCAGUACACAAGGUCAGAAUGCUGCUCCUCUGUCAUGCCCUUGCUGUAGCUGUUGUCCAGAUCUUUAUCUUCUCGGAACACUGGGCAUUUGCCAAGAACAUCAAUUUCUAUAAUGUGAGGCCUCCUCUCGACCCUACACCAUUUCCAAACAGCUUCAAGUGUUUUACCUGUGAAAACGCAGGGGAUAAUUAUAACUGCAAUCGAUGGGCUGAGGACAAAUGGUGUCCACAAAAUACACAGUACUGUCUGACAGUUCAUCACUUCACCAGCCAUGGAAAAACUACAUCUAUCACCAAAAAGUGUGCCUCCAGAAGUGAAUGUCAUUUUGUUGGUUGCCGUCACAGCCGAGAUUCAGAACAUACAGAGUGUAGGUCUUGCUGUGAAGGCAUGAUCUGCAAUGUAGAACUGCCCACCAACCACACGAACGCAGUCUUCGCUGUGAUGCACGCUCAGAGAACAUCCGGCACCAGUGCCCCCACGCCCUACCUACCAGUGCUUGCUGGUGUCUUUGUGCUUCCAUUGCUAUGAGCCACCGUUCCUGGGAGUGGCAGAGACCAGUCUUUUAAAGCAGAAGCCAAUAACGGUGUAUAUGGAGUGAAGACCAGUCUUGCACUUGGUAAAGUAGGCACACUGGACCCGAAGGCACAGCCAGGGGUUUGCUUCUCAAAACUACUCCCACAUGAGGCCACAGGACUGAGGAUGGGGUUUCACAGGGACCGAGAGGACUGUCUAGCUUCCAUGCUUCCUGUCAAAGGGAGCUGCGUUAUGUCAGUUCUGCAGAGAGGAUCCUGCCAAUAUUGAUGACGGGUUAUAGUAGCCUGACUAGUCCUACCCUGAGCAGACCUUUAUCUGAUAGGAAUCUUUGACCUCAUUGGCUCCCUCAGAGGCUGCUGGGUCAGACAUGCCCAUGUCUGUGAUUAGCUCAGAGUGUCACUAUGAAAUGAACCCUUUCCCCAAUGAGAAAACAGAUUUCUCUCCAACAGCGUAGUCAGUCAGAAAGGCAUCAAUAGGAAGAAGACGUCUGGUUGAACUAAUGUGAAAUCAUUUGCUAAUUUUUGGGGGCUGGGGGAGAAAUAAAGCUUUUA